AUGAAAAGUCCAGAAAACAAUAACCAUGAGGUGGUCCUCUACCAGCAACAGAUGACAGAAGACAGAGAGAAACAAACACAGCCUCUAUCAGUCAUCAAGGUGAGGGAGUUCAAUGUACCAGAUCUCCUUGGCAUAUUACAUAUAACAUCAUAUCCAUCAGACAGACUCUGGAUCAGUGACAAAUAUGGCAAUCUUGUCCAAACAGAUCUACUGGGAAAUGUGAUACAGAAGAUAAAAACCAGCGGUGGAUCUGAUGGUCACCACACAGUGACACAGAAUGGGGAUCUUAUCUUUACAGACAUAGUCAAUAAAGUUAUCAAUAGGAUACCGGUAACACAGGAUAAUACAAUCAAUGAAUUCAUAAAACCAGGAGUCUGGGUCCCACUCAGCAUACACUCCUCCCACAUCAACGGGGACUUACUGGUGGGGAUGACUGGUUAUAGAGAGGCUAGAGUCACCAGGUACAACAAGACAGGAAAAGAAAUAGAGAACAUACAAAGAGAUAACAGGCGGCGAAAACUAUAUACUAAACCACACUACAUCACAGAAAACAUCAAUGGAGAUAUCUGUACAACAGACUAUACUAAGGGAGUAGUGGUGGUGAAUAAAUCAGGACAACACAGGUUCUCCUGGUCAGAAAUCAAAGUUCCGUUCCUAUGGAAUCUGUAUUGA